GUUUUGGAGGACAGGGACAUGGUGAACCGGAUCAACACAUCUUUCUGGGACCUAAAGUUCCCAACAUCGGAGGAGCCAAACUCCAGCCCAUCAGCAGAUGAUACUGGGGAUGCCGACAUCGUGUUCGAAGACCUCAACCAUGAAAGCAUAGCCGCCAUAAUACCCGGGGAACUCGAGCUAGGGGAGGUCGAGUGCCUAUCCGACGGCAACCUCGAGCGGAUCACGAAGGAGAUCAAUGGGUUCUACGGCCUCUGCGACGAGCUGGACGUGGGGGCUCUCGAGGAAAAUUGGAUCAUGGGCGGGUCUUUGGAGGUCAUGUCUGCGUCGGAAGUGUCGAUGGCGCCUGCCGCCACCGACGGGAUCACUGAUGGUGCUGUCACUUUUAGCUUCGUUGAACCCUCUCGCUCAUCAUGCUUUACGGCUUGGAAGAGAUCGUUGGACUCAACAGAAGACGUGGAUACGUCCGUCGCCGGGGAGUCGCAGAAGUUGCUGAAGAAAGUUUUGGCCGGUGGCGCAUGGGCAAAUAAUGGUGGUGACGGCACCGCGAGAGCUCAGGAAAGUACCAACACAAAAAACCAUGUCAUUUCGGAGAGGAGACGCCGGGAGAAGCUCAAUGAGAUGUUUCUGAUUCUCAAGUCGUUGGUUCCGUCCAUUCACAAGGUGGACAAGGCAUCCAUCCUAGCUGAAACGAUAGCCUACCUCAGAGAGCUGGAGCAGAAGGUGGAGGAGCUAGAAUCCAACAGGGCGGCCGCAACAGCCGUCCGAAAACUCCAUGACGUCAGCGGGAAGAAGGUGUUAGCUGGUUCCAAGAGAAAGGCGUCGGAGCUCGGCGGGGACGACGCGGACAGGGUGCUCUCCAAGGAGGACGUCCCGAGCAACGUCGUCAACGUCACCGUGACGGAAAAAGAGGUGCUCCUGGAGGUGCAAUGCCGGUGGAAGGAGCUGCUCAUGACACAAGUGUUCGACGCCAUCAAGAGCCUCCGCCUGGACGUGCUCUCCGUGCGCGCGUCCACGCCCGACGGCCUCCUCGCUCUUAAGAUACGAGCUCAGUUUGCCGGCCCUGCCGCCGUGGAGCCCGGGAUGAUCAGCGAAGCGCUCCAGAGAGCCAUACGCAGGCGCUGAAAGGAAACGCUGCUGAAAGCAUGACACUGGCGCUGUAGAUUCGUAAAUCUGGUGGCUAUGUUCUUCAGACAUGACAAUUAUUUCUUUCGCUCCGAAACGCCUGUUGUAGUCGCCCGUUGGGCUUGAUAACGACGGGCUUACUAAGAAACGCCGUGGAGACGGGCGAGCAUUUUUUUUAUGUA